AUGGUGAGGCUUGCUUAAAAUCUUUGCCUUUUUAUGGAUAUUACUGCAUGUCCGAAAAACUUUGCUCAAUUUUUUACGUGCAUACCCCUGGGGAGUGCCCGUUUUUUCAGAAAUAUUUUCUUUAUUCCGAAGGAAGCUAUUGAUUAUUUUAUAUUUUCGUAAUUACAAAAAAGUAAUUUUAACUUAUGAGUUACGGUUAUAGCGAUACUGUUCUAAUCUCUGGGCGGUCGCCAAACCAGAAGAGUCAUGUGGUGUUUGUUGAUGUAAUUUCCGAUUUCGUUUAGUGUCGUUUAUUAAAUGUGAGUCACGUGUUUGAGUUGUGAUAGUUUUUGCGCUAAAAUGUCACAACUGGUUCACAUAAAAUUCACAGACAGCUAUUGCAGCCCUGCAACAGGUAUCUGGGUAUCUUUGUCAGUGUUAACGUGUGCGUAGCCUUGUUGAUUAAGCCAUUUUCACAAGAUGACAGCGUUAACAUAUUUUGGAAAUUCUGGCACGAAUCCCGCCCUCACGUCAGUUGGUCCAAUUUCUACAGUUGUCCAAUCGUAUAUGCGUUGUAUAGUGUCCAGCUGUUACUUCGGACCUCGUACAAAACGACACACUGUCGUGUUGUACCCGAAUGAGGGCAAAACAUGCGUAGUCGAAAACGUUAAAAGCACACUAGCCGUUUCGGCUACUUCUAGCCUGUUUGACUUGCGCUAGUUACCGGUACAUGUUGGGACCGCGACAAGGUAGUGAGGCCGAAUCUGUCUGAAAAUUAUUUGAGCACAUUUGAUCCUUAAUUUUCUUAUGAAAGACAUUUCGAUGCUCUUUAGGCCAUAUCGGCGCCCUUAUAGUCAUGGCUUAGAUUGCUUUACUUUGUCUCUCACCUCAUUGACAGUCAGGCUGCUGUGGCUCCUUCCUAACCCUGCCCUUAUGACCUUUUUAAAUUUGACUACCGACUUUUUUUCUUAAGUUAUACUCGCUUAAGUCUAACGACCAACGCCUCCGCGUCGGUCUCUGUGUCCACUCCCAUCUGCAUUCGUCGUAAUAUGCGUAUGUGGCAGGAGUGAAUAAGGUAGAUACCACAAAGUUCUGCAUAAUUAGAAACCAUUUCUCGCUGAUGUCGCCCCUGCCUCGCCAGACAGCUCCGCUCCUUGUGGAGUAGGCUGACCGAAGUAAAAUUAUAGUUGCAAACAAGACAACGAAAUGUUGAAAUAUUAUUGUGUCCAUGCAGGUUCAGACCCAUCAUUGAAUACGUUCAUAGACACCGUGACUUCUACCCAACAGUCCCUACAUAUAUCUGUAGCCAACUCUGACGUUAUUUUCCGAAGUUUGUGGAAGGGGCCGUCUUUGCCGGAUAUUGCCAUUCGAACUCAGACCCGUUAAUAUAAAUUCACUGCCGCACUUUACUCCGUCUCGGACUUCAAAACAAGACCGAAGUUUUCUGCUUAGGUUCUAGCCUAUUCAGAGUUUCCGUAAUUUUGCUUCAGGGUGCCUUGAACGAGGUACUUUGGGUACGAAUGAGAAGUAAACUAUCAGGCAUGCACGCAUAAGAACGUGACCUCACUCAUAGACAUCGCCACUUUCGGCACUACACAUCUAUUUGUUAAAUUCACAAAACCUUAUCUUGACUGUAAUGUAGUCAUUCUUCAGCCUCCCAAAUCUCCUCAGAAAUUAAUGGGUUAACUAGGAGUAGACACUUCUAGACAAAUCUUUUUAGGCUCAGUCAGCUGGUUGACAUGAAUAGUUGAGCGUAAAUCCCCCAGCUCCAAUGAAAUAACCCCGUAAUAUUCAAUAUUCACAGGUUGGCAACAGACAGUCAGUAGUAUACAAAUGCUGAAUAAUUUCCCACACUGACACCAAAGAUAAUAGCCAGGAGCAUAAACAGGUGUUUCGUCGAAUUUGCGCCGUUUCACAACGCAGCUGCGGAGGGUCCGACUCAGCAGUAGGUCCCCCAGCGCCCCCCACGUGCUUUCUAGAAUAUACUUCAGUUUUCUAAAUACACAUCAUUUAUUGCCUCAAAAGCUAAUGCGCUGACGCUUCAUUCAGCGGCAAAAAUCGACAAAAGACGUAUCUGUUUUAACUAGAAUUGUCCAACAGUUGUAGUUGUUCUGGCUGACCGCACGACCAUAGCUGGAAUCCCAGGUCAGCAGAUGUUUGCAGUGGUGUUAAAAGCACUCGUUGGCAACAAACGGCCAAUUCUCAUUUGGGAAUUCCAACAUUAUUCCACCGCUGUUGCAUCGGGAUCCAAGGCUAACGGGGCUAAUAGGACGUUUGUCUGAGAAGUCGCCUGGCCCAGCGGGACCAUUCCAUAAGAUCACAACAACCGCGUUUUUCACUCAGGUGCUGUAGCCUCGAGUAAAGAGUCCUCUUAUCACCUACGCUAGUCAUUAACUAGUUUUCAUGCAAGUCCGGCAUGGUUUACCUAUCCUGAGAGAGCAAAUGCCUGAGAUUUAUGCCAGAGUCUUAUGGCUCUCCAUGAGAGAAUGGAGUGGGCUUUGGCCCCGGGGGGGGGGAGGGGUGGUGGGGGUUUAAAUUUCCCCAGAGCCCUAGUCUGGUAUUCAAACAUCGGAUUAUUUACUGGAAGCGUCUCUAUGGUAUAUCGCCUAGCAUGCAGGUAAAUAAAAAUGUCGGAAUACGAACGUUACCGGUGAUAAUGGAUAAUGGGAAUGUUUGCCUGUAAUACUAACCGGACAUUGAGGGUGGAAGUAUGGGUUCAUUACCUUUUACAGUGACUGUUUCGGGUAUGUUAUACGAAAAGUUGGUGUCAGGGCCUUUUCGAGAAUAAGAGAAGGAGUUGCGAAAAUUCCCAUAGCAGUAAUCAGAAGACGAGGUGGCGAGCAUACGUAGCUUUCGAUAAAUUCUCGUCGGGCCAGUACAGUUAUAUAGGAACGGGGUAGAAGUAAAACAUGCAAGCGAUAAGAGAAGUCGAUAAAAGUACUCCUUAAACAAAGGCGGGGUGGAGGACUGUGGGGGAGGGGGUGGGGGUAAUGAUAGUCAUUGUCAGGGGCGGGGUGAGAGCGCAAGUGCGCGGGGGGAGCUGCACCGUUAGUCAGCCGUCGACCACUGUAGGCGCGGAGCCUGAACGUGGUUCUUCUGAGCGCAUAAGGUUGGCUUUCGUAACCUAAUGGCGGCCGCUUCCGCUGUCGCUAACAGGCGCUGGCCUAGUAGCUUAGGGUAGCUCGAUGGGACCUUAUAAAUCACACGAAAAGCUUCGUUGGGGUCCACACGAUGUCCGGAAUCGACAACAUGCGCGAGAAUGGCGCUGCUUAUACUCCUCGUUUCGCCUUUUCCUAGCCAUGCCGGGAGGUGUUCGCGUAUUCUUUUGGAUAAGCGCCGACUCGUGCGACCAAUAUAACCUGCUCCACAGGAGCAAGUGAAGGAAGGCCUGAUUUAUUACAUCGUAGGGAGUGAGAAUGUCCAUGAUGGUAUAGACAAAGCCUUAUAGAUUCCGAUCUUGUCCAUCUGGACUCCUCAUAGAUAAAACAAAAGUCUGUUAAGUGGCAGUUAUCAAUUUUGCCUGAAAACGCGUACUUUGUCCGCUUUCUGUGUGUAAGAAGUUUGCCUAGAACGUAAUUCACACAGUAUUAGGUUCGCAUUGUGGGCCAAACCGCGUGCAGCCGUCCCGCCAAUAGAUCAGUUGGCGGAGCACUGUCUCAAUUCGGAGGGUCCAGCAGUUCAUUUCCGUCCCGGGUCGAAAUUCUUCUGACCCUGUAGAUUUUAUCUCCCUGGUUGUCUGUAGUAAUAAAAAGUCGUCACUAAUUCCGCUAAUUCUGGAGGGGUUUUCUGCGGGAUACUGACGAAAUAGAUGCAACAGGCCCCUAGAAACACACCUACUAAACGUCGACCUUAUUCAUAUGAGUUUUGAACCACAUUGGCUGUUUUAUUGCGACAUGCCAGCUACUUGAUAUGUUCGAAGUCUUACAAGUGACUUAAGUACUAACCACUGUUCAUCCAGGCAGUUUUCUGGGCCUAGAUGUUCGUAAUUCAUCAUCUUUUAAGGACGUAACGCACUCGAUACCCUUGUUAGGUCCUUACAGCUGUCAGAAGCUACUGUUGCGAGGGGCACGGCCCAACUGCAGGCGGGGAUCAUCUUCGGUUUGAAAUUGAGUCCCCUUGGUCAUUUAGCCGGACUCACGGGUUCAUGCCUUGUUGACUGCUCUCGGGAGUCUUCCACAGCAGGACGUAAUACAGACCUUCCACCCUGCCCUUGACCUCCAAUGUAGAGCCUUUAAAGGCGUUUGCAGAGAGGAAUUAUUCGUUGCUAUAAGACUGCCUGCGAGCGGCUCUAGACUGGAGCUGCAAGGUAAAGUAUGCCUCCUCUCUGCCGUCCUAAAAUCGAGCUAACCCGGUGAUCGCCACACACACACUCGCGUCCCGUGUGCCAUCUCACCGCCUCUGCCGCAACUACUGACAUAUUCAUUACUAUAACGGCGUAUGCAGAGAUUUUUCCACCUUCCCUUCUCUUUAACAGCUCAAACGACAGGCGCGUCUGCGCCGCGAAUUCAUAUAUCGUCGCUCCAUCGAGGCGCGUGAUGAGGCGCUGAAGAAAAAGCGAGAGAUGAUCAAGGCAGCCAUUGCAGGUCGGUUUGUUGGCACACUACCCUUACCGCUUUCCUUCUUCAGAAGGCAAACGUCUUCCCAAGGAGAUUGCUGACGAGGCUCUGGCCCUAAAUGAGGAGCUCGACUUCAGCGACGAUGGUGGUGAAGGUAAGUAUGCCCAUCCUCCACAUUGACCCAUACGCCCUCUCUCUCUAGGUGUUCGACACGCCGAGGACGACGAGUACUUCUGGGCGGGUAGUGAGGAUCCCCGCGUGGUCGUGACCACUUCGCGUUCCCCCAGCUCCAAGCUGCAGGAAUUUGCCAAGGAGUUGCGCCAUAUCAUACCCAAUGCUACCAAAAUUAACCGAGGCAAUUACCUGAACAAAGACCUCAUCGACGCUUGCCUCGCCCGUCAGGUAUAUCCUUGUCAGUUUGCGCGAAGUUUACGUAUUAUUUGAGCGACUAGUACGUUCCGUGGGGUCCUCUCACACCAGGUGCUCCUGCAGGUACGCCGGAUCAUAUAGGUGGGUUAGACUGGCUGACGACACAAAUUUAUCGCGCUGCGUUGGGCCCACCAGAGCUCAUAACUGGUGCAUUCAAAGUGUUCUCGAUUUGUUAUUCAAAUUCACACAUACAGUAGGCGUGCUAACUCAUGAAAUAUUAUGGGUUAGCACAAGGAAAUCCCUAGGACGCAAAAUCCUCCCAAACUGCGUUCCACAAUGCCUUACAGCAGUGAUAAAACGACCAUUCUUAAGAAGAAGGCAAAGUUGAGUUUACAAAUUAAUAUUGACUAACGUAAAAAUAAGUAGUUUUUACUGAAAACUGGACUUUCAGAAAAUGGCUAUAUUACGAAUUGCUUGAAUGGAGGACAUAAUGUAGGGGGACGCAUGAAAUGAGGGAAAAUAAUGAAAAGUCAUAAGAAGUACAAAAGAUCAGUACUUUGUUGAUUAUCCAUUUGCAUUUAUCGCAGCAGAAAGUCUCUCAGACAGGGAAAGGUUCAGGUUCAGUUCUGUUCAGUUUACUGGAGGGAAACGUAGGUGUUGACCUUUGAGCACCCUGUUUGUUUACAUGGAAGUAAAUUAUAUCAAAAAUAUGGAAAUAGAAACAUCAAAAACAGCUACAGAAUUUUUUCGAAACCGGCCAGAUAAACGUAUUGUUCACAGUACUUAAUGUGUUGUGCAGUAGUCGGUCUCUGCAUACGUGUGCUGUGAAAUGUUGGUGCGAUCUCAGUUUCUGAGGGAGGCGAAUUGGAGCCAAAUCUCACAUUCGACGGACUAGGGACAAUGAUAAAAAACAAACGUUGCUGAAAUAUAGGCAGUAACAUACUAACUUUAAUAAACCUUUUGAACGAAAUGCUGAGGCGAUAUAGGUCAGGUGACAUUACGACUUCUAGUGGUACAAUGGUCCAACUUCCGCUUAAAGACCUCGACGGAGGCGGACAUGACGAUAUCUACAGGCAGAGCAUUUUAAGCCUCGACCACUCUGUUGGAAAAGAAGAACCUUCGCAUGUGUCAAUGUCUUUUGACAAGUACAAAAAGAUUAUCGACAGGGCUGAGGUCCAGGCCGUUGGCAGGAAUAUAAAUAAACUGGAGGCCAUAUGUGGAGAAGCUGGCUGUUGUCUAAAAGUCACAUUACGGUUGGAGGCCUUACCGGAUCAACAAUUCUUCAGAGCGAUGGAUAGGAGUUUUACUGUGUAAAAUUAGGAUAGCAAAUCGGCGUCGAUGGGUGUCGUUGUAAUCGAAGACGUCCAUCACAAUGUCAGCGAAUACCUUCGUUUUCAUGAUGUCCGUGGUCGAUCGCCAAAGUGGCCGUCCUCCGACUUUAGUAGUCAUCCAAACCACUAACCAUCGAGAGUUCUUGAAGGUUGUCAUCGACGCAGUAUGCUCUUUUGGGGACGUUCUUUCCACAUCUGACCUAAAUCGAAUUCGUAGGCUUAUUUAAAAAUAAGAUCUCGUCGCAGAAGUAAAUGCUCUUCCACAAUGAGGGCCGGUAAUCAAUAUAUCUUUUAGCAAAUAAAAAACGUCCUCUAAUAAGUUUUCUACCUAAAAACAGCUUGAUCAUGACCUUUUACUAAUGAAGUUCAAAUUCCUGCAUCCUUUUCCCAAUUAUUUCCGCAGAGAAUAUCGGCAGCUGUUCUCUGUGAACGGCCUUAAUGGGCAUAUAAUGACACUUGUUAGUGUACGACGAAUAAAAUCGCCGUCUUGCUUACUUAUGGGCCGUCCUGACCCACCCUGUUUAUUUUUGGGUACGGUCCUAUCAUUAAUUAUUCGCCUUACCAAUAUUGGAAAUACUUGCUAACGACUCACGCGACAACCCUUCCGCUGAUAAUUUCCGUAUCCUCUCGUGGUCGGCUGCUGGUAGACAUUGUCUGGACAUCUUUAUCAUACGCGUGGCACAGAAAACUGGCAGCAUGUCGCGCGCACACAAUAUAUGCUCAGUAAUUCUCGGUGCGAUUAAACAAACUACUUGUAAGCAAGCCUGUUAUUGAGUUUUAUGGCACGAAACGCCACGAAUUUAUAAAACAGUCUAAUUAGCCGAGUUCGCCCUAUUUUCUUAAAAACAAUGCAAUUUCUCAUGCCGCCCUUGCCUGAUUUUCAUAGAAGCAAAAUCGAAUUUUCCAUUCCCAGAGGGGAUUUAUUUCGUACUUUUCCUGCUUAAAUUAAUCAUUGUUUGCAGUACAAUGCCAAACAAACAUGAGGUUUUGAUAUGUGAAUUUCAAUAGCGUAGGAAAUUAUCUGGAUAUGAGGAAAGGUUAGAUUUCGCCUAGAUCUGAUCGGUUUUCCAUUAAUAAAACUGAGUUGAAAUGAAUCCCUUAUCAAUAAAAUCGUUUUCUGCGCCUCCAAUCUAUUCAAAAAUCAAAACAACACCAAGUUUAUGACAGACUUUUCACUCAAAUCUGACCACAUUUCCUGAGUUACAUGCACAUUCAUGUGUUGUCACGCUUUAGAUGCACAGAUCUUCACGUCUUGCCAACCAGCGCACCCAAUCCCAUUGUCAAUUGGUUGACAGACUCGGACAGUCGAUUGCUGCGUGGGAGAGGGAAGAGGAGCCACCUCAGCGCACAGCCUACUAUAAUAAAUCUGACGCCUGUAGAUCUAUCACGACGGGCUGAGAUUCGUGGCUUAGAGGGUUGCCAACUAAAGGGAUAACUCGGUUCCUCUCACGACUGAGAGUCGGGCUAUCGUUGCUCCUUUCCAAUGAGACCUUACUGGCACUUUGGCUUAUGUGGGAUCCGAGCUGCUAUUACUGCGGGCCUGGUCGUGUGUGAUGCGCGUUGGUGGAUUGUUUAGAUUUAUCAGCCGCUGGACCCGAGCCCACCUCCGAUCUUCUUGCCACUGUCUGCCCGUAGUGGCCACGCAUUCGGAGCCCGUUUGCUUCGGGAAGCGUCUCGCACAACCCCGUCAUCUAAGGCGCUGUGCCCUGCAGAGAGUAGAAGAGCUUGGAAAAAAGGCAUACUGCCUAAGUAGUCACUUUUUUUACCGACUGCAAUCUUUAAAGGUCGCGAAGAAGUGCAUUCAAAAGCCAAUAUUCUGGCGAGUCUGAAAUAUCGUGGGAUUAUGCCCCCGUGAUAAUCAACAUUACAAUUCCAUCCAAGUAAUCCCUCCUAAUCGAAAAAGCACCUUAGAAUUUCGGCAAGCAUUUCACGAGACCUGUCACUCACUGCGGACCUUCACGCUGUGCCAACCAGUGCGCCCGAUCCCAUCAGCAGCUAUUUGGACAGUCGGGAGAGGGAGGGAGAGGGUGAGGCCGACACUGGGGAAUCCAUCUCUACGGUGCCCUGCUCACCAUAAUGAAUCUGACGCGCUGAGGUUCAUGGCUUGAAGGUUGUCAACUGAAGGGAUAACCAGACUCAAGACUGAGAACCAGGCUACCAUAGCUCCUUUUCAUUAUGACCUUUAUGGAACUCUCACGUAUGUGACAUCCGAGCCGCUAUUAUUUUGUCUGGCACAUGAAGUGGUGUUCCAGGUCGUGUAUGGCACGCGUAGAAGGACUCUUUAGAUUUACCAGCAAGUGCACCCGAGCCAACCUCCGGUCUUCUUGACACUGUCUGCCCGUAGUGGCCUAUGUGCCACGCAUUCGGAGCUCGUUUGCUUCGGAAAGCGUCUGCCAACACAGUCAUCUAAGGGGCUCUGCCCUGCUUCUCAUGUCAGUUGCAGAGAGUAGAAGAGCCUGGAGGAGAAUAGUGAGUUUGUAUCCAGGGUAACUCCUUCACCUUGCAUUUAAGCUCUCUCUCUAUCCGGAAAAGUUCUAUCUCUUACCCCUGCGACUCCUUCCUUCCACCCCUCCUGCCCUGCCAGAUCACGGACGUUGUGGUGAUCAAUGAGACUCGAGGCGUCCCAGACACCCUCAUCAUCAGCCAUCUGCCCUUCGGUCCCACUGCAAAGUUCACCCUCUACAAUGUCCUCAUGCGGCACGACUUUGAGGACAAGGGAAGGGGCAGUGGAGCCAAGUUUCCACAGGCCUUCCCCCAGCACCUUUUCAAGGGCCUGGACACCAAGCUGGGCCAGCGGUUGCGCUGCAUCCUCAAACACCUCUUCCCCGUGCCCAAAGACGACUCAAAACGCGUCAUCACGUGGUACGAGCACGACGACAUUAUAACCUUCAGGUGGGCUCCGCUGUGUCUGCUUGAGGUUUAAGAGUUGCGAAACUCCCCAUUGAAAAAUUGGAAAGACAAUUAGGCGAGCAUUCGCCUGCCCUUGAUAAAAUUCCUUCAGAUCUGUAGAUUUGCAUUGCUAGCGAAGUAAUGAAUAAAAAGAUGCGGGCAAGUACCGCCAAUUUGAGAAGUAAUUCAUUUCGCUGUUUGACUCGAAGGGUAAGAAGGAUCUGCUCGGCUGAUAGCAUCGAGAGAGAGAGAGAGAGAGAGGAGGAGUAUCUUUCGUCAGAACGCGUACUCUGAUCAAUUCAUUGGCAAGAACAUGGCCGAAAGACCAUAAAGGCCCCGAUGCUGACGGCAGGAAAGAAGACUUUCCAUCAGGGUUCCAUUUCAAGGGGACGAGCCACGUGAACUCUUAAGAAGACGCCUAACCCAAGCUGUAUCAUGCACCUUCCCCUCAUCUGACGCCCGUAUACUAUUCUCUACUAGGCCCAUCCUAUACGGAGAAGGUAAGGACAAACUACCAGCUCGGACCACCUCUAUGUGUAUUUACCCCUUCACCUGCUCCUGUGGGACAGAAUAUAGUGGUUGCAUGAGUCGGCGUUUGUCCAAAAGAAUAAGAGAACAUCUCCCAGCCAUGAUUAGAAAAGAGCCACUUCAAGAACAUUAACAUCUCUGUCCUCGCACACGUGGUAGACACAGACCACCAUGUAUGUGCCACCGAAGCCAUUCGAGUGAUAAACGAGUUUCCGCCAAGCCAUCCAAAGCUGCUUGCCCAGCAUCUGUUGGUUGUGGCAGAGGCGGCUUGAAUCAGAUUACGCAAAUCGGUUCUGUGCCCGCAGAAGAGCUUCAUACAAGUCCCACAGUUUCCAUGGCCUAAAGCCAUCAAGCCAGCCAUCCGCAUAUAAUUACCUCUCCCAGUGCCAUUAAUUCCCCUUAAGUUGGCUGGAACUUUUACGUUUCACGCUCUGCCUUCCCCAAACCCGAGCUACAGCAUAAUUGUCUACUCGCAGCAGCAAUAUGAAUGUACAGGCCCGAAGAGAAUUUAGGUUUUAACUCCAUCUCUUCUGACUGUUGUUGCCGUCCAGACCGUUUUCGCUGGUGGUAGCAGUAUUUGUUGUUAUAUACGGGCAUGACAGCGUACCCUGAAGGCUUGGCUCCCAGAUGUGUGUUGACUUCCCCCGGUCUGCUACGUUUUGCGGCACUGCCUGGAGUAGACUGGUCUGACCCGGGGAAACAGAUAUACUCCAGCAACCACGAUUACUCAUGACAGUCCGGCAACCAAAAAUUACGGCGCCAAGGAGCGUGCGGGCGGGGGGGGGGAUUGGCGUCUGAACAACUCCACCUACUUGAAUGCUGAACCGGCCCCGCAGUUGGUUUAGGCCGCGCCGUGCAAAAUCGCAUUAAAACGGAGACGACCAUCCCCAGCCGAUACAUAAAUCACGGUGACGUCGUGGGCUUCUUAUUCUUUAAGUGGCCAAUUAGACUAAAUUGCACGAAGCGACGGGAAGUACGAUAGAUUACGCAUCACUGUACUUCCAACACUGCCGCCGACCAACUUCACCUGUUUUUUGAGGCUGUAUGUGACAACUGUUAUGCGUUCGACUUAUCAGCCAUAGUCUGGGGGGGGGGGGGUUUCUAGCGGUUAUUCAGUUGCACAAUCUUGCGAAAUUGCCCUCUUCAACAACUAAACGUGCAUGAAGUUGUGUCUGAAGUACGACUAGUGAACUUCGACGCGGAUUCCUUGGCAAAUAUUUAGUUCUAUGCCCAUGAAUUCCAGCAAACUAUCGUUAUUUGCUAACUAUAGUUGUCAGUCGCCUCAACACACUUACCAGUCACAUGCUCCACUUAUUUCCUCCAUAAGGGAAGCAAGAGCUCAUAAUAAUGAGGGUUUUCCCUAUUCGGAAGUGAAACACCGAUUACGUGGACGUGUCGACGAAACAGUGUGCGUACUAAGCAAGCUGGACACUUACGCAGAUGAGGCAAUUCACGCCUCUCCCUACUUUCUCGCGGUAUUCUUUGUAGACAGCAUUGGGGCAAGCCACUGGAGUCGAUUUAUUCUCUAAGCUGCUUUGGUCAGUCACGCCGGCAGGCAGUUGUCUGCCUAGUAUGUUAUUACCGACAAAGACAAAGGAGACUGGAAUGGCCAUUUCUGGCUUAUUAGCCAUCGUCAGUCAGCCAUACCCAACCCUGAAGCGUGGUACACCUGGAGCUCGAACUCACGACCUGUUAGUUAGAAGUUCACGCCUCUAACCACUGGGCCACGAGACCGUUGCCCUGUCUGUCACCCUUGUCUUUUUCGGUAAUCCUAUUCUCCCUAUAUCAUGCGUCGCUGUGCGGCUGCUGGUUGGGCUCGAGAGAGAACCCGUAAGGCACAACGGAACGAGUGAGUUCCGUAACGACGAUCGGUGAGCGUCCCCUACCACAGUUGUCUGCGUCUUCAGCAUUUCCAGGCUCUGGAGCAACGACAAUGUGCAAGAUGUCCCCGCAGUUUGAGAAUCGGAGAGGAGGAAGGGGGGGGGAGAUUGUUGUUGUGCAUUGCUCUUCGGCAUCUUCGACAGCCUUGGUGUGUUCCGACGCUAAUGCCCGCGUCAGCCGUCAACUUGGUGAGACGUUCAUGUCGGAUGGCCACCCGUAAUGUGUCCCGCUGCAGCAUGCGCAUCCAGCUCUCAACUAUGCGCAUUCUUCUGUGCUGUUCGGAUAGUUUCCGAUCAGUUUAGGUGUACUAUUGCUCUAAAAUCGCUAUAUUUUACACCCUGUCGGAUUCUCCGUUUGUCCCCCUAUGGGGAAUCACUUGACAUCUUCAGUUUCUGUAGGAAAUGCGGCCCUGCCGACGAUGUCUUUUUGUCCCUCUUCGAGCAGGGCCGAUGUACUUGCUGUGAACUGCUAAUCCACAGCUGAGGCCAUUCAAACCGCACGUGUUCUGUGUCCCAUCACGAACAUGGAUUUAUGGUCCAGGUUUGCUCUUGACAUCAUUGGUCCUCAGGUUGGCCAAUUGGACCGUCCUUGUCAUAGAUAUGUGGACUUACUGCUGCAGUUACUUGUAUGAAUUAUGUUCAGAUCUUUGUUUGGCCUACCAGUACUGUAUCCCUACUGUUAUUCUACUUUAAAGCACGUUUGUUCAUUCUGGACGGUUCUCCUUGUUUUUUUAAACACAGGUACACUUCUUUCAAAUUGCGUUUUCUGUGCCUCACUGAAUGUAUACUAACCCUUUCUUCCUAACCCUUCUCAUUUUCAUAGGCAUCACACCUACAAGUAUGUUAACAAGGAAUUGGAAAUACAGGAGCACGGUCCACGCUUCGACAUGCGGCGUACGUUUUGCACACACCCUUGCUUGACUUGCUACAGGUUUUGCCGCACGGAUAUUUCCUUGGCUCUGGUGUGCACGGUUUUUACAUUAAGUGCCUGAUGGCGGGUUGGCGUUCAGUCUGUGACAAAAUUUCUUCAACUUCGUCAGUUCACACUCCCACAAAGGCACAAUCCAGGUUGCACGCCGAUAUUCGUAUCGCGACUAAGUUUCACCUCAUCCCUGGGCGUUUAUGCGUGCUCAUACCACAUAUCAGACAGCAACCACCUCUUUUAGGGAUAUUAUUUAUCAGUUUUGCGAGCCGGAUGACGUGAUCUAGGAAAUUGUGGACUCUUGGUAGUAUUUUGCAGGUGUAGAAGAUCGAGAAACCCAAAAGUGAACUUGUUGUAUUCGGCGAUAUUUCGGUGAAACCGCUGUUUUCGUUCAGGCUUGAGUUUCCGGCCUUUCCCGUUACAAGUCAUCAUGGCUAGGAAAUUUAUAUCUGAGUUCUUAGAGAGAAGCCGUAGAGGUGGGUGCUGGGACGAUCACUGUUGUAUCUAGCUAAGUAGUUUCGAGAAUAAGAUGGACCCUCACUGUUUUAGUGCAUAGACGGUUGCUACUUAUUUCGCUUCGGUAGGCUAAGUUAAUUAGUCUUAUGGUCAUUGCGCUAUUGUCAGGACAAGCAUCCUUUGUACGGCGUGCUGUUCAGACCAGUGGCUUCCCGUUGACUGAUAUUAUCACAUUCACAUAGUAACCUAUGGUCAUACCAGGGUAUUAAGGCCUGUCCUGCAACGACCAGACGGUCUUGGGUUGACACGUUAUCUUGCUAGCUACCUCCAGCAUACGCCUGGGGUACCCCUAUUAUUAAUCUGAAGGCUUGCCGGUGGCCUCAGCGAUUGGCAUACAAUGACGAACCGUUGUCGUGUCGACGCGCCUUCAGCCAAGUCACCAGCACCCUCAGUUUGGUGUGGUAUUCUUAUUAACUUAUGGUCAUACUACUGGCCUAUGCCGGAAGAAUUCUUAUUAACGUAGAAUCGUAUCCGUGGCGUUAAGGCCUGUGCAGUCUCUACACAUCUGGCAAAUGGCGGAAUGGCAUAUUCGAGUUAUCAGCUUCGCAAUUAGUCGUUGGGGUAAACUGAUCGGCCGCUUGACUAGAUUACACCCAAUUGGUGUGCAUCAUCUUGAUUGGUGAAUUUCACAGGCCGCGGGUACCCUCUGGCGUCCCCAUCGGUAAACUUAAACAAGGGAAUCGAGGAGACGCAAAGUUUCGCGUUUUCAUGAGAUUUAUGGAACUGAUUGUGGCCAUUUUAUUCUCGACACCAAAAUAAGCCCUAUUUGCAUCCUGGUAUUACAGGUGGUCUGGCGAAGUAAUAAGCCUGUCAAACCCUUAUGAGUGUGGACCUGGAAGUCUGUGGGGGUGUGAUAUAAAGGGAGACUGAUUAUGCUUAAGAGUCAAAAGGUGUUCACGGAAUCGACCGGGCACCGCGAGAACCUCCUAGCCUUGGCGAGUGCAGGACCACGUAGUGGUUGCUUGCAGGUGAUAAUGCGCGACUAAAUGAUAUCGUUACUUGGGAGCGAACUCACUGUCGCACACUGGAGGCGGAAAAUUCUGCUUUCACUUGGCAUAAGCAUGCAAACCUUUCUUUGACCGUACUUUCGUACUUUGACCGUAGUUGAAUAGAGUGGACCAGGUCCUCUGAAAUCCCGUCUGUUGCAUUGCCCCCUGGUUCUGGAUUUCUCGAUCGUCAAGAUGUAACAUGUUUGAAUGCGAAGAGAUUGGACACAUACAGUUGCCUCCCUGCCAUUACGACGCUUUAGCCUCAUUAUGCUAGAAAAAUGCCUUCCUCGUCUUGCUUGGCCGUCGAACUCACGAUCAGAACUCACCACUACACAAGGCGUAUCUUCAAAUUGGAGACGUGGUCAAUACGCUCAUUUAUACUGUCAAUGUCACCCUUAGCCUCUAUCCGUCCUUAACUGGCCCCGCAUAUAUCCAUCAACAUAUUUAAAGCUGGCCCGCCACAUUAAAUCGCCUCCUUUGUGCUUGAAUGUCAAGUCAUGCGCUGCGUCCAUUUAACUGGAAGUGGGCUUGGCUUUGACUAACAGCUUGAGCAACUUUUCGGCUCUAAAAAUAUUCAUUGAUAUUUUGGCAGAUUUUGACUAAUUCAUAUUGACCCAACUGUGAAAAACUCGGCUCCUCGGUGGGAUUCGAACCCACGCAGUAGGGGGAAGGCUUUAGCGCAGCCAACGCUCUAACCACCUGAGCUACGAGGCGAAUUACUUAGGAAAUCCUGCUUGGGCCGUCAACUUACUGUAUCAGAUUUGGUGGAUUCCAGACGUUGCAGUAGGUUGGGUGGGUAACUUGACCCAAAUGGGAUUAAACUCGCGUCGUCCGGCGGGGCCUCGUAGCUCAGGUGGUUAGAGCGUUGGCUGCGCUAAAGCCUUCCCCUUACUGCGUGCGUUCGAAUCCCACCGAGGCGCCGAGUUUUUCACAGUUGGGUCAAUAUGAAUCUGAAAAUAUUAUUUGAUAUUCAAAAUUUCAACCAAAUUAGUUCCGUUUUCGGUCGACCAUUGUGCACUUUGGUAAUACUGAUGGGCUCUCGUGUCCUGAUAAGCCCAUACAACGUAUUUUUGACCGAACUGUAUGGCCUGACAGCUCUGAGCUUUCAGUUCUCCUUAGCAAACAGUCCUGACAUCUUCCUAAAUGCCCAUCAUCUGACAUCCGCGUAUAUAAGCCGACGGCUGCAGCAAUUUACCUGUUUUAUGAAUCCCUGCUGUCUAUAUAUCAACCUCAUUCUUUUUGUGUCUUAGUGUACAAAAUCUGGCGUGGGCCCUUGCACGAGGAGGAUACCGCGGACGUGGAAUGGGUCAUGAGGCCGUACAUGUCCACCGCCUACAAACGCCGUUUUCUUUCACUUGAAGAGCCCAACCCAUAA